UUUCUCACUACACCCGACGGACCCCACUACUACAUCACCGUUCUCAUCCCUAUCCUAAUAGUCUCCUCCCGUGCCUCUUCCUCUUCAGUUUUCAAUUUUUCUGUCUACAUAUAGAUACAGAUAAAUUUUAUGUAUAUGCAUGGAGCCAUCAAUGGAUCCACCACCUUCAACUACUGACAUAACAGCUGAAGCUCACAUAGCUCCCGCAGCGAACCCAACUCCAACUAAAGUCCCCGCUAACAACCACCCAACUUAUGCUGAGAUGAUAACGGCGGCAAUUGGGGCUUUGAAGGAGAGAAAUGGGUCGAGCAAAAGGGCCAUAGCUAAGUACAUAGAGAGUCAGUAUUCGAACCUGCCACCCACUCACUCGGCGCUGUUGACUCACCAUAUGAAACGUUUGAAGAACAGCGGUCAGGUACUCAUGGUGAAGAACUCUUACAAGCUUCCUAGAUCUACUAGUGUACCUGUUACUGCAAAUGGAAAUGGUAAUUCCGUUUCUAAUCCUGCUUCUGUUGGGCCCAAAAGACGGCCCGGUCGUCCCCCCAAGUACGCUCAAGCUGCGGUUCCGAAUGUUAUACCUGUUUUUGCUCCUGAAGCACAUCUGGCCAUGCCCGUGACCAAUGACGUACCCAUUGUUGUUCCGGGGACUAAAUUGAACAUGGCUAUUGGACCAGGGUCUGUGUAUGUUUCUAUGGGGUCGGUAAAUGGUGAUGCUUCUGGUGCUGGAGACGGAAAGAAAAGAGACCGCGGCCGUCCGCCUAAGCAGGGUGGGCCAAACCAAGGUGCACUAAAGAAGGGACCUGGUCGACCGUUUAAGAGUUUGGGGGUUAGUGUCGAGAGGCCAAGAGGGAGGCCAAAGAGCGAUUCUUCUUCUGCUGGUGUUGUGACUGGGAUGACUGCUCGAGGACGGCCAAAGAAGAUGGUUUCAGCUACUGGUGUGGUGAAGGUGACCGGAAGGCCACGUGGAAGACCGCCAAAGCCUAGGGAUGUGGUGGCUGGGGUCACUCCACCUGCAGCCGUUGGUGGAAUUGUGGCACCUGUUGCUGUGGGGAUGCCUACUGGUGCCACAUUAGUGGUGGGUUCUGGGGGAGUUGCACUGGCAGUACGGAAGCGUCCAGGACGACCACCAAAGGGAGGUGGAGAGGCGAAGAAACCCUUGAAGCAGCCUACGAUGAGGCUCAAAAAGCUCAGAAAGUUAUCUGGAAAACCUUUGGGGAGGCCCAAGAAGGAUGCAUCAUAUACAGUGACUCAGGCUCCCAACUCCCAACAGCAAGUGGCCUAUAAAGAUCUUAAAGGCAAACUUGAACAUUUGCAAUCAAAAAUCAAGCCAAUAGUGAGUGUGAUAAAACCAUUUUUAAACAAUGCAACUGCAAUAAGUGCAUUAGAAGAGCUAGAAACACUGGCAUCAUUGGACGUAAAUGCAACCACAAAUGUUCAAGGUGUGCCACCUCUGCCACAACAGCCUCAGACUGAAAGUUAAAAGAGUCCUUCAUUGACAAGAGAGGAGUAAAUUUUAGGUUUGACAAUUGCAAGCUAAAGUGAGGAAUAUAGAGGUAAAACUCUUUAGUAUUAGGAUCUGUUGCAGGAAGUUUGAUUUAUGGGCAAGUGGGAUCUUCGAGACUUCUGCAUAAACAUUCAUGUAGCAUGUGCCGAAAAUCUUGUUAAUUCUCAGAUUGUAGUACUGAAUCUUUGUGUUGUAGUUUAUUACAUUAUGAUAAUGUCAAAUUCUUAGCGCAAUGAUGAUAUGUGACUUGGGUAAUUGCUAAAUCUAGACGAGUACUUGAGACUUGAAUAGCUUUUGAUUUGAUCUGUUGGAUACAUAAUGUCUUGAAUUCCUUUGGAAAUGUAAAUUUUAGUUGCUUUUUAGUUUA